CUGUGUUUAUUAUAUUAAUUCACUUAAGUGUGCGAAAAUGCAGAGUUCUCUCCUAUGUUUCUUGUUCAUCACAUUCGUCUCUUUUGUUUCGUGUUCGAUAACACUUUUCGAGUUGAGUGUGAAAGUCACGAACGCAAUUUCAGAAAAUGUUGCUAACGUAAAUGAAUUCACUAAGGUAACCGACACGGAUAACAGUAAGCAAAAGUUGUUAUUACUGUUGAAACUAGAUGGCAUCGCUGUUGAAAUUGAUGAAAUAAUUGGACAAAUUCAACGAAUUGAUAAAGAUAAAGACUUGAAUAUUAUUAGCAGAUUGUUAAAAAAAUUAGCGAUGAAUAAUAAAUGGCAUUCAACCUUAAAAGAUAUUCGAAUGAUACAGACAUAUUUGAAUGAUUAUUACAAGGAGAUGAAGAAAUAUAUACGAGACGCUGAUGAAUACAAUUCUACGGUAUUAGUUGAUUUUGCUGACAAAGUAGCAUCUGGCUCCAAAAAUUCUGUUCCUUCUCUGCUUAACUUGCUGUUUGAAAAAGUGCUAGGUAAAGAUUUUCUAGAAAAUUUACUGAAAUAUUUAAAACCCAACGGAAUCUGUUACUGCCAGGAAAAGCAAUCCACUGCUGAGAUAUUACACACAUUUAUGAAUGAAAUACAAACAACGAGUAUAAAAAGUUUUGUAUCAAUAUAUGCAGCAUAUAUGAUCAAACACAUAUAUUCAGAUAAAGGGAAUUUUACAAAAGCAAUGUUAAAUGCUAGCGAUAAUUUCCAGAGGAGGACUAAUAACCUUAUAUCUACCCUGAAAACUCAUAUGGCAACAGCUUCUUUAGAAGUACGAAGAUGUGAUCUUCUACCUAACCACAUAUACGGCGAAACUUACCUGGAAAUUAAAAAUUUUCUUCAUGGAAUUAUAAUAAAUAAAGUGAACUUGGACCCUAAUGGCAGCUGUAAAAAAGAAUGCAACGCUUAUUCUUAUACAAAACAUUAUAACUGUGGCAGCAAUGAGUGGUGUAGGAAAGAAGCAAUGUGUUCAAAAGUGAUCGGUUGCCAGUACGUGGAUUCAUCGAUGGAAGUGUGUCCCUCUAAAAUGCACAAAACCAGCAGAAGAUACGAAUACGUCAAACUAGGAAAUGGAAGGGUUUUGGGGAAAGAGAAGCCUUGCGACACUGAUAUAACUUCUCUUGAAACUUAUAGAAAUUGGGUUUUUUGGAAAUGCUCCUAUUGUUUCUGUUUAUGUGAUGAAGGACGAAAAUUUUAUACGCAAAACCACAUAAAUAUGCGACCAGUCGAAUCGAACAUUCAUCGCAAUAUGGUUGUAACUGGUUUACGGUUUAUUGAACACAAUCAUAUUAUUCAUCUGCAAAUACAAGAAGGUAAACUUCUUCCAAACGGCCAGAUUGAUCUUAAUAGUGUCCAAUGGUUGGCACCUGAAGACUAUGACAUUACCCAAAGGAAUUACGUCAAUGGUAAAGAUUAUCAUACACUAUCAUGGGAAAAGAGAAGUUUGCAGCUGGUCGAUAUAAUGGCUAAACAAGGAAAUAUUGUAACUGGUGUUGGGUUCGUACUUGAUAAAUUCAGAAACCACUUACGUUUACAAGUGUUCACACGGCCUUUUAAUUUUACUACUGGUGAAGUUACAAAAACUUCUAAAGCAGUUGUAGAAGCAUCAUAUGAAGUUGGCCCUCAACUGAAACUGGAUGCAGUCGAUAUUCCUACUAAUGCAAUAUUCCCUUCGAAUCAGUUUGAAACGAAUAAGUUUGUCAAGUUUACAAAUUCAGAUUUCGAGAAAGAUGCUGGCCAAUCAACGGUACCAUUUUUGGAUGCUCUACCUGUAGAGUCAGCAAAUCCAGUGCCUCUCUCAGGGGUUGGUAUUUUUCAUAAGGGACGACUUGGGUUUGGUGGAUUUAUCGCCCCCAGAAUUUUCACUUACAACUUUACUAACCAUUUAGAAUCUGUUUUUUUCUAGCUAAAAACAAACGACUAGUUAAUUUCGUAAUUAAUAACACAAUAAAUGAUAUUAUAGUACUUUCAUCGGUCAGAUGAGUUUGUUUAUAAAAAUAUAUGUUAAUUAGUAGAAUUUAA